AUGGCGGCGGCGCCGGCGGUAAGGUUCCCGGUCUUCGGGCUCGUGCGGCUGCUGGGCUUGGCCGCCGCGGCGGGCAUCCUCUUCUGGGCCGUCCACUUCCGCGGCGGCAUGGCGCUCUCCACCGACGAGGAGAGCAAGCUCCCCCUCUUCAACGUUCACCCGGUGUUGAUGCUGAUUGGUUUGGUGGCCUUGAAUGGUGAAGCUCUUUUCUCUUCCUAUAAAACUGUGCCAGGAACCAAGAAACUGAAAAAGCUAGUGCACCUUGCUGUGCAGUUCCUUGCCAUGUUUUUGAGUCUAAUUGGUCUCUGGGCUGUCUGGAAGUUCCAUGAUGAAAGAAAAAUUGACCAUUUAUAUACACUUCACUCAUGGUUGGGCCUUGCUUGCUUCAUCUUCUUCAGCUUGCAGUGGGCUGCUGGGUUUUGGACCUUUUGGUACCCUGGUGGAUCAAGAAGUGGCCGUGCAUUUUUGCUUCCCUGGCAUGUCUUCUUUGGUAUAUUCAUCUAUGUUCUUGCUAUCGCCACAAGUGUGACUGGACUCCUGGAGAAGUCAAUCUUUAUGCAGAGCGCCAAAAUGAUUGAGCGCUUCUCCACAGAAGCCAUGUUUAUGAACUCUCUGGCAAUGCUGCUGGUGUUGUUGAGCGGCCUUGUUAUUCUUGCAAUCGUUAGUCCUGGACCCAGCAAGAUCGACACAUACAGAGGCUCUUCUGAGUGA